AUGUCGGGCCCCUCAAUCGCAUCUGGCUAUAGUGUUGUUGGGGACGACGAAAGAGUUGAUCUACUGAGUGUGAAUUCAAAAGAACUAGAGAGGGCUUCGGUGGCUUCUGAAGCAGAAUUACAGAGUUCUUCGAUAGCUUCUGAAGCGGAAUUAGAGAUACCUUCGGUAUCUUCUCAAGUGGAAGAGGCAAGUUUUAAUACUACGCUCGACCGUUUCAAAAUACACACACAGUUGACAGAAAUAAUAUUUUCCUUUUUGUGUAAUCAAUCCCCACUUUAGACUGUCACUUCGCCGGACCUUGACUAUUCCGCGUUCUUGGAUGUAGAUGAUAAGUAUGAUCUGUCCGAACACAGACGUGUAAGUUGAAUUUCUGGCCAUAACGAGACUAAAAUUUCGUAUUUUUGAAAUAAUAUUUAUAUGAUCGUAGACUUUUUAGCUAUGCUCCUCGAUUAUUUGGCGAGUUGUAGCUGGCACUCGAAGCGUGAGUCCAAAAUUCGGAGAGGAAGAUCGUCACCAACUUGAGUUUACAACUUUGGGGUCCAGAAGGAUACAGUUGACGAUUAACUGCUUCUGUGGUGUAUUGCUACACGACCAUUACGCGGAUUACACCGUUCGAGUUUUCGGGAAGGAAGUCUUGGAAGGAGUGGCGAGUUAUACAAGCCUAGCAAAACGGACUCGGGUCACUCUUACUACAGAUGAAAAGAUCGUCAAAUCACAAGAUGUAUUCUAUAUCUAUGUCUUGGCCAGGAUGAUCAGACAACCGGAGGGGGUCGAUUCAUGGGUUCAGCGGUUUGUUGAUCGCGGAAAUGUUUACAAGUUCAACGAUUUUACAGUGAAAUUGAGAGACGGAAAUGUCACGGUAGGAAGUUGGCGGCAAUCAAUGAUGACAAAAACGUCUUUUAGAUCUUCCGUGCUGUCCUCGCAGAAUUUUUUCCCUACUUUCGUGCGUUUUUCAACAAAUACCCGGAAGAAAAUCAAAUCGCAAUUCCUGAGUUCUACGUCGAGACUUUUAAAUAUGCGGUGCAAUUUGUGACAACUGGAAGACUUGGACAUCAUGGUUAUGAGGAAGUUGGCCUACCCGAGUUAGCAAAGCUUCUUGGGGCUCCAACAUUAAUUGUAAGUUCUUGAAGCUCAACAUUGUAUCUUUUCCAGGCCGAAAUGGAUCAUUGGCUAGCAAUGAGCGAGAAAAAUAUCUGCCAAGAUUUUGUUUUGGCCUCCAAAUUCAAUUACCCAAUAGCAAAGAUGGAACUGGCGAAGAUAAUUGGGCUUAAUUGGCACGAUUUUGUUAAAAAACACACUGAACUGGUCAAGGAGAACAUAGACCUAUUCUUAGAAAUCCAGACUCCACCUGUUAGGUCAAGCAUACCCAAAGUUGAAGGAGGAAAGCUCAGAACGCUCUGGAAUCUAUUGCGCAGAAAGCGCAAUUCUCGGUGA